AUGAUUGAAUCUUCAUAUCAACAACAAUUAACGGAGGAGAAAAUUGAGAAGAGGCACCAAGACAACGAAGACAGGAUGAUUAAAAAAGGGCAGCAAGAGGGUAAUGGGAAAAAAGUUACCUUCCAAGAUCAAGAGAUCUACAUAGAAAAUCUUAAUCAAUCAGCUGUUCAAGAAAAUGAAGAAACAGCUGCUUCUAUUGAAUUGGAGAUGAGAAAGCAAAAGGCCUUGAACAAAUUCAGGAGCAUGGUGGAAGGCGCAAUUAUUGAUAAUUAUCUUCUAGAAAAACCCAAAAAGAGUUUCUUAAGGAGAGAAUCAGAGAGGGAGAAACAGCAUCAAAGGGAGAUUAGCCUUUGGGGUGUGCCUUUAUUGCCAAGUAAAGGCCAUGCGAGCACCGAUCUUGUGCUGUUAAAAUUCCUGACAGCAAAGGACUUUAAGGUUAACGAAGCUUUCAAGAUGCUUCGCAAUGCUCUAAAUUGGCGGAACGAAUACAGGAUAGAUGCUAUUCCUGAAGAGAAUUUACAUGUCGGCCUUGAAAAAUUUGCGUACAUAAAUAGCGUCGGAAAACAAGGUCAGCCUGUGCAUUAUAUUUUGUACGGGGCUUUCAAGGACAAGGAAUUGUACAGGAAAGUAUUAGGAACAGAAGAGAAUCGCGAAAAGUUUUUGAGAUUAAGAAUCCAACUCAUGGAGAAGAGCAUCGAGCAACUUAGUUUCAAAGCUGGAGGGGCAGAUUCUAUACUUCAGAUUACGGAUCUCAGGCACUCGCCAGGGCCAGAAAGGGAGGAGUUCCGUUCAGUCCACAAAAGGGCCUCCACAUUGAUUCAAGCCAAUUACCCUGAGCUCAUUCAAAAGCAUAUUUUGAUAAAUGUUCCAUUUUGGUACUACACAUCCCGUUUUCUAACAUCCAGGCUCAAGCAUCAGAGAGGUAAAAAGAAGGUUGUUCUUGCUAGACCAUCAAAAGUCACAAAAACCCUUCUAAAGUACAUAUCCUCUGAAAACCUUCCAGUUAAAUAUGGUGGUCUGAAAAGAGAGAAUGAUACCGAGUUUUUUCCAGAGGACAAAGCUUCAGAGUUAAUUGUCAAACCAAAUUCAGCUAGCUGCAUCCAAAUUCCAGUCAUUGAGGCCGGGGUAACAAUUGUAUGGGACUUUACUGUGGUUGGAUGGGAGGUGACAUGUAAACAACAGUUCAUCCCAGACGACGAGGGAUCAUACGAAGUUCUGCUCAGGAAGGACAAGGAGAAGAAAAUGGGUGACAGUGUUAGGAAUUCUUUUUACAUAAGCGAACCAGGGAAGAUUGUAAUAACCAUUGACAAUGCAACACUGAAGAAGAAAAGGGUGUACUACAGAUCCAAAGCCAAACCCACCGCACCGCCCUAUAUCAUUUUCAAGAAACAGCUUUAACCUUCGGUUUAAUUCAGUCAUGCCAAUUCUC